AAAUCAGAUACACUGUACUUUUGACUGUCUUACGUAAAAACAGUCUGAAAAUUGAAAACUUAAUAAUGAGUGCUCAGAAACCCAACUAUAAAAUCGCCGACGAAAGUUUAGCCGAUUUCGGCCGAAAGGAGAUAGUGAUGGCCGAACACGAGAUGCCGGGACUCAUGUCUAUCCGCCAGAAAUACGGCCCCAAAAAGCCGCUAAAAGGCGCCCGAAUUGCUGGUUGUCUUCAUAUGACUAUUCAGACGGCGGUAUUGAUCGAGACAUUGACUGAAUUGGGCGCCGAAGUGCAGUGGUCUAGUUGUAACAUCUACUCCACUCAAGAUCACGCCGCGGCCGCCAUCGCUGUCACCGGUGUUCCCGUCUAUGCCUGGAAGGGAGAGACCGAAGAGGAAUACAUUUGGUGUAUUCAACAGACACUGGUCUUCAAAGACGGACAACCGCUUAAUAUGAUUCUCGAUGACGGCGGAGACCUCACCAACUUGGUUCACGAGAAAUAUCCGCAAUACUUGUCGGCAAUUCGCGGCGUUUCCGAAGAGACCACUACUGGUGUCCAUAAUCUGUACAAAAUGCUGAAAAGCGGACAAUUGAAAGUACCGGCCAUUAAUGUGAACGAUUCGGUGACAAAGUCUAAGUUUGACAAUCUUUACGGCUGUCGAGAGUCGCUGACCGAUGGUAUCAAACGGGCGACUGAUAUAAUGCUGGCCGGAAAGGUAUGCGUUGUCGCCGGUUUCGGUGAUGUCGGCAAAGGUAGCGCCUCCUCGUUGAGAGCGUUUGGCGCCCGAGUUAUUGUCACCGAAAUCGAUCCAAUCAACGCUCUUCAGGCGUCGAUGGAGGGCUACGAAGUGACCACAAUGGAAGAGGCGGCGCCCAAAGCCAGUGUCUUUGUCACCACCACUGGUUGUAAGGAUAUUAUUCGUGGCGAACACUUCCUGCAAAUGCCUGAAGACGCCAUUGUCUGCAAUAUCGGACAUUUUGAUUGCGAAGUCGAUGUCAAAUGGUUGGACACCAACGCUAAGGAGAAGAUUAAUAUAAAGCCACAGGUCGAUCGCUAUACUCUGGCCAAUGGGCGACACGUAAUAUUGUUAGCUGCGGGACGUUUAGUGAACUUGGGCUGCGCUACCGGACACCCGAGCUUUGUUAUGAGCUGUUCCUUCUCUAACCAGACUUUGGCCCAAAUAGAGUUGUGGACACAUCCGGAGAAGUAUCCGCUCGGCGUCUAUAUUCUGCCUAAAAAAUUGGACGAAGAGGUGGCGGCUCUGCAUUUGCCUCAUUUGGGCGUUAAGUUGACUCGACUGAGUGAAGACCAAGCUCAAUAUUUAAGCAUUCCACGCGAUGGCCCCUACAAACCUGAUCACUACAGAUACUAAUUUGUUGGCCAAUCGUUGUCUCGCAAAAUGUUUUUUAGUUUUUUAACAAUAAAAUUAUCGAAAGUCUAAUUUUUCUGAUCAAAUAUUACUUAAUAAGCCAUUAGUUUCUUAUGGUUUAAUGAAUUCUGUUUUUAUUUUAGUAUAGAUUCAGAUCUGAUGUAAUCCUAAAAUCUGUUUUAUUGAUAAUCCAAUAAAGUUUUCAAAAUAA